GGAAAAAAAGGAUCGAAAGGAAGAAAAACAGCUGACAGCAAACUCUCACUGAACCAUCCUCCCUCCAACAGCUCUGACAUUUCAGCUUCGGAGCUGCGAAACCAGCAUUAUCGAAGAAGGAGAACAUGGUGGCCCGAAAACUUCAAGUGCUUCACAAUGACUCCAACUACGAUGUCGAAUACGAUCCCGACGAUGGCUUCGAAGUUUUCAAAAUCCAGCUCUUCUCCCUCACCUCUAUUCCCCCCGAUGAGCAAAAGAUUUAUGGCUGUGAAGGUGAUCGCCUCGUGGCAAGUGACUCGGAUCUCAACACAAUUUCCGAUAAACUGCGAUUGCUUUCCAUCGACGAACAUAAACAGCAGACAGAAUCAAGCAUUCAGAAUGCCGAAUUGAUGAAAUCAGACGAGGAGUUGGCCAGACUCUUGCAGGAGGAGGAGGCGUUGAUGUUGCAGCAGUAUCUUGCGAGCCAAGAUAAUGGACAAUUUGAGAAUAGAAUACGGUCUUACGUUGAUAAAAUCCAAAUGUACGAGGAUUCAAGACGCCAGGAAGCUGCUCGGAAAACGGUUCCUGUGGAAGAACUUGAGGAGAAAGCGUUGGUUUCCUUGGCCAAGGUUAGUGAGUUUCUUUGUCUCUUUAAAAUGGGAGGCAUGACAUGUGAGCGUGUUCAGGGGGAGGACUACGGGAACUUGAAGUCAAUUCUUUUGAUAGAGUUGCUUCUUUACUUAUUAUUUUAAGAAUUGGGUGCCAAAUUGAUUGGUGGU